UCUGCUCCCGAAUCUGGGCCUAUCACUCACUCAGACUUCCUCUUCCUCUCUUUGUUCUAUCUGCUCUCGAUUCACAGAGAAAAACUAUACAUUUCUUCAAUGUUGAAAGUUAAGAUUUCCAAGAAUGAAGACAUUAAAAUCUCCAUAUACUGUAUCAUGGGAGCAAAUUGAUUAUUUAUUUACUUCUCUCCCUCUCAAUCUACAAAGAAUUUGAAGUCUCUCAUUUCUAAACUAUCGUCAAAUUGGUAUCCUUGCUUUUGAGAAGAAGAGGAGGUUACAAUACAGGCUUUCUGCUCCCUCUUACUCAGAGUAGAAGAGCCUGCAAUGACAUAUGGAUUGAUCGUCAUUUCUCCAUGCCUCCAUAACUUCAGCUCAAUUCUUGGGACAAAGAUCCCCAGUCGAAAAAGCAGAGUUUUCAGGUCUAGCUCCUCCCCUGGUUUUAUCAGCAUUCGAGCUGUGCAAGACAAUGAGGGUCCAAGAAGACUCAUAGACGUAAUCCGGUUUAUUCCAGACCUCUCGAGGAACUACUUCAAAAGUCCCUCUCGAAGAACUUUGUUCGGAGGUAUCUCUUUAUUGGGUGGGUUUUAUGUGGCUCAAACAAUUUCCUUAUCAUUCGGAGCUUUAGGAGUAAACGAUGUAAUAGCUGCUGUUCUAUGUGUUCUUCUCACAGAGUAUGUGACAAGGUUUUAUUACAGCCGACCCAAGGUAACUUUCCCCCUAGCUCUGCUGAACAAUUUUAAGAUGGGGUUCACGUAUGGUCUCUUCAUCGAUGCUUUCAAGCUUGCUAGUUGAAUUGGAACAACCUUACAGAAUUUUUAAUUCACUUCUAUAGCUAUCUGUUGCUGUAUUGACAUGGUGUCUCUGUGGCCUUUUUCUCUCAGACCACCAAUUCUUUUGGUUCCCAUUAAUAUCAAGUGAAGAUGUGUAUUACAUUCUUCGUCUGUUUGUCAUCUGUUCAUCUGGGAAGAACUCGAUUUUCUAUAUUUUGUGUACAGAAAUGUUGAGUAUUCUUUCUUGUCUUACAGUACUUAAUUCCUGUGAUGUGCAUACAGCUGGCUCAAGUGUUCUGUACCUUUCAGGAUAAUUUGAACCUUUCCUCAUGUAAUGAAUUAGUUCAACUCCAGUAAAAGAAAAUU